UAUCAUACACCAGAGCCACAUUUCCUCAGGAUUGACUGAAACGUUGACCCCAUUUCUUCUUCAUCUUCUUCAUGUAUCAAUUUUCCGGUGGUGACCGGUGAAGUCUUUUUCCGGUACAUUCUGCAAGAACAGCUGCAGCUAGAGGUGAUAUAUUAAAAAAUGGAUCUUGAAAUGAAUCGGGUCAGAAUCAAGAGGGAAAAUCUUGAAACGGGUCGUGAUCCGUUGGAGAGAACAAAAGAGGGCUUAACCGGGCUUGAUCGAUUUUCCGGCAGUAGUGUAAGAAUAAAGAAAGAAGAGGAGUUCGCCAGGGUCUGUGAGGAACUCAAGGAAACGAUAAACGAAAAGGAAGUGAUAAUAUCCGAGCAAUUCAAGAAGAUCAUGGAGAUGAAAGACGACUUCUUGAAAAAUGGUCCGUUGUGCAACGAGAAGCUCAAGGGUUUCGAAACGAGAGAAGCCCGUAUGAGCAAAGAGAUUGAAGAAUUGAAGCUGCAAAAAUUGGAAGCCGAUCGAAUCAUUGAGAAGUUAAGGGCCCGAUUGUCCGAAUCCGAAGAAACGGAGAAUGGAUUACGGGCGAAAAAUAUGGAGGCUCGUGUGGCUAUAGAACAAUUGAGCCAUCAAAAUUUGGCUGCUGAAGCACACUUGGUGAAGUAUGUCGAAACACUGAAGCAAAUGGGGCAGAAACAAUUGGAAACGGAUCAUGUUGUGGUGGAAUUAAAGCGGCAACUGAUCGAGAUCGAGGCUGCUGCGAGAGAAAAAUACGAUAAUGCCAUCGAAGAGAUGCGACGGAAGCUUCUAGAAGGUGAUUGCACGGUGAAGGAGCUGAGAGAAACUGUUGAGGGUUUGAGGCGGCAGAAUUUCGCGGCUUAUAAGGCGGCUCAAGUUUUCAAGAAGAAGUACGACGAAUUGGUGCCGUUGGCGGUUGGAUUACGGGAAUUGUUGAACGCAAAAAUUGACGGUGUCGUAAAUGUCGAGAACAACGUACAUUUUGCUCAGGGAAGAGAUAAUACAAAUUUGGCUAUAGAAAUCAAUGAUUCCGACAAUGAAGACGAGGUUUCGCCAAUCAAAGAAAAUAUUAAUAUUGAUGAUCAAAAUCCGGAACCGAGGAGCAAAACAUGGAGAUGUGGGGCCCACAUGCUCGAUGCCUUUGAAGAAGACGACGAGCUUUGUAUGAAUGCCGUGUGUGCGCUUUACCGACACCAAGUUUCUACACGAGAAUCGCUUUGCCACUUCGUGAUGAUGGGGGGACGUGAUUUGGCGAAGUGUUUGAUCGAUGGGGAUCCGGAGCUUCGAUUAAAGAAACCCGUUUCCAAAAUUAAACGGCAAUUUCCCAAUGCUAUAAACGAAUGUCGAAUUCUUGCAAGGAGCUACUAUGAGAAACUUUAUAUGCUGUAUUGCAGUGGAAAAGAUCGGUUUUUUCGACCAAUGUAAUCUGUGGGUCGAUCUUGUGAUCGAGUUUAUGUUUGUAUAUAGUUUUGAACUCAAAUCUGAUUCUUGAUUUGGUUUAUGAUUGUAUAUGAAUCACAUGAUCAUGUUCAUCUUUAUGCUUUUGAUGAAAUAAAUCAAUCCCAAAAUUUUACUU